CUGGGCCAGGCCUGGCGGCGGCGGCAUCUGCGGCCUAACCGCCCCCCCUCUCCGCUCCUUGGCAGGUCGCCCUCUUCCCUCAGCUAACAAUGAAGAGGAGAAAUGAUUCAGAAUGCACUGCCCCUCUCAAGAAACAGAAGAAAAGAGUUGCUGAGCUUGCCCUGAACCUCAGCUCCACAUCUGAUGAUGAGCCUCCCUCCUCUGUCAAUCAUGCAGCAAAAGCAUCUGCUACAAGCCUAAGUGGGUCUGACAGCGAGACUGAGGGGAAGCAACGCAGCUCGGACUCUUUCGACGAUGCAUUCAAGGCAGACUCUCUUGUGGAGGGAACUUCCUCUCGCUACUCCAUGUAUAACAGUGUGUCCCAGAAGCUCAUGGCCAAGAUGGGCUUCAAGGAAGGUGAAGGACUGGGUAAAUACAGCCAGGGUCGGAAGGACAUCGUUGAGGCCUCUAAUCAGAAAGGUCGACGAGGCUUGGGUCUGACACUGCAAGGCUUUGACCAAGAGCUGAAUGUGAACUGGCGAGAUGAGCCAGAGCCCAGUGCCUGCGAGCAGGUGUCAUGGUUCCCAGAAUGUACCACUGAAAUUCCUGACACUCAGGAAAUGAGCGAUUGGAUGGUUGUGGGGAAGAGAAAGAUGAUUAUUGAAGAUGAAACAGAGUUUUGUGGGGAAGGCCUGCUUCGCAGCGUGUUGAAGUGUAAGAGUGUGUUUGAUGUCCUGGAUGGGGAGGAGAUGCGGCGAGCUCGGACCCGGGCCAAUCCCUAUGAGAUGAUCCGAGGAGUCUUCUUCCUCAACAGGGCAGCAAUGAAGAUGGCUAACAUGGAUUUUGUGUUCGAUCGCAUGUUUACAAAUCCAAGAGACUCUUAUGGGAAGCCACUGGUGAAGGACCGGGAAGCUGAGCUUCUGUACUUUGCUGACGUCUGUGCAGGCCCGGGUGGCUUCUCGGAGUAUGUGCUGUGGAGGAAGAAGUGGCACGCGAAGGGCUUUGGAAUGACUUUGAAGGGUCCUAAUGACUUUAAGCUGGAAGACUUCUACUCCGCCUCCAGUGAGCUCUUCGAACCCUACUACGGUGAGGGUGGGAUCGAUGGAGACGGAGACAUCACUCGCCCGGAGAACAUCAAUGCUUUUCGGAAUUUCGUCCUGGAUAACACCGAUCACAAGGGUGUCCACUUUCUGAUGGCCGAUGGGGGCUUCUCAGUGGAGGGACAGGAGAACCUGCAGGAGAUCCUCAGCAAACAGUUGCUGCUCUGUCAGUUCCUCAUGGCGCUGUCUGUUGUCCGGACAGGAGGCCACUUCAUCUGUAAAACCUUCGAUCUCUUCACACCGUUCAGCGUGGGGCUUAUCUACCUGCUCUACUGCUGCUUUGAACGAGUAUGUCUCUUUAAGCCGAUUACCAGCCGUCCUGCCAACUCAGAGAGGUAUGUGGUGUGCAAGGGCCUGAAGGUGGGCAUAGAUGAAGUGCGGGAUUACCUCUUCUCAGUCAACAUUAAACUCAACCAGCUGCGGAACACUGAUUCUGACGUCAACCUUGUUGUCCCCUUGGAGGUGAUCAAGGGGGACCAUGAAUUUACUGACUACAUGAUACGGUCCAACGAGGGCCACUGCAGUCUGCAGAUCAAAGCUCUGGCCAAAAUCCGUGCCUUUGUGCAAGAUACGACCCUGAUCGAGCCUCGGCAGGCAGAGAUCCGGAAAGAGUGCCUCCAGCUCUGGGGGAUCCCGGACCAGGCUCGAGUUGCUCCUUCUUCCACAGAUCCAAAAUCUAAGUUCUUCGAGCUCAUCCAGGGCACUGAGAUUGACAUCUUCAGCUAUAAGCCCACUCUGCUUACUGCCAAGACCCUGGAGAAGAUCCGCCCAGUGCUCGACUACCGCUGCAUGGUGUCUGGCAGCGAGCAGAAGUUCCUCAUCGGCCUGGGGAAGUCUCAGAUCUACACGUGGGAUGGCCGCCAGUCAGACCGCUGGGUCAAGCUGGACCUGAAGACAGAGCUACCCCGGGAUACUCUGCUCUCUGUGGAGAUUGUCCAUGAGCUGAAAGGGGAGGGGAAGGCCCAGCGGAAGAUAAGUGCGAUCCACAUCCUUGAUGUCCUCGUGCUGAAUGGCAGCGACGUGCGGGAGCAGCACUUUAACCAACGGAUUCAGCUUGCUGAGAAAUUUGUGAAAGCUGUUUCUAAGCCCAGUCGGCCCGACAUGAAUCCCAUCAGGGUGAAGGAGGUAUACCGGCUGGAGGAGAUGGAGAAGAUUUUUGUUAGGUUAGAGAUGAAGAUCAUCAAGGGCUCCAGUGGCACGCCGAAGCUCAGCUACACAGGGCGUGACGACCGGCACUUCGUGCCCACCGGCCUCUACAUCGUCAGGACAGUGAACGAGCCAUGGACAAUGGGAUUCAGUAAAAGCUUCAAGAGGAAGUUCUUCCACAACAAGAAAACCAAGAACUCUACCUUUGACCUCCCUGCAGAUGCCAUUGCUCCAUUUCACAUCUGCUACUACGGCCGGCUCUUCUGGGAGUGGGGGGAUGGCAUCCGUGUGCACGAAUCCCAGAAGCCCCAGGACCCGGACAAGCUGUCCAAGGAGGAUGUCCUUUCCUUCAUCCAGACGCACAGCGCCUGAGGGCCUGGGGCGCACCCACCCUGCCCAACGCCCUGUCCUUCCGAGCCCGGCCUUGAGGGCGGUGCCCCUCCAGCUCCUCUGAAGAGCUCAGUUGGAGCCUUUAGAGGACACAUGUUCCUUCUGUGGGACACUCUGAACUUUCCUCCCUGGAGUGCUGCCUGGGAACUGUCUGCCCUGGCAAGACAGGACUCCGUCAGCUCCUACAGCAGGCCGAAGUCAGGGCCCAGGGCACCUGGGGCCAGUGGGGGAUAUGUCGGGGGCAGCAGGGCUCUGCCAUUCUCACCAUAGCGCACACUCACUUUUCUGAGUUCUGUGCAUUGCCCGAGGGCGCCCGUGCCCCUGCCUUGCCCAGCUUUUUAUUGGGCAAACCCUGAGAGGGAGGAGGCCCACUGUUGUGAGCUGGCCGGAGCAGCUGCUAUAUAAAUCAAAGUUUUGUUUC